GCAAGCGAGCGCGCUUCGGACUCGUGUAGUCUGUCUGCUGCCACACAGCGCUCAGUGCGUGGACACGGACACAGCUCAAUAUUUCUUGUGUCUUCUGAAAUACACUGGGAUUAUUUUAGCGCUUUCCUGCAGGAGUGACAGUGAAAUAAACAGAAAGACACAAGCAGAUCUCAGCAGAAUCCAUGUAAGGAAUGUAAUGCAUGUUUUCUGGGCGCGUACCGCGAGUUGCGCUCCGUUCAGCGGACAAAGUUUAUUUCUUCUCCACGGUCCCACGAAGCUGGACCGGAAUUUGAAAUUAACACACCAGUCAGAAUAUAUCUAUCUUUCUUCUGGAAUUGUGGCCAAUAUUUAAAGACAUUUCUCCAGAAUGGCAUCCAGCCUCACGUGUACGGGGAUGAUCUGGGCUCUGGUGUCCCUGCUGAGCGCAGCAGCUUCCUGCGUGGGGUUCUUCAUGCCCUACUGGCUGCUGGGCUCACAAAUGGAUAAGCCAGUGUCCUUCGGUACUUUCCGGCGGUGCUCGUACCCCGUUCGGGAUGAAGAGAGGCAGGCUACAAUCAUGCUGGAGCAGUGCGGGCGCUAUGCAAGCUUUCAGGGUAUCCCGAGCGUGGAGUGGCGGAUCUGUACAGUCGUGACGGGGGUUGGAUGUGGCCUGCUGCUGCUGGUGGCGCUCACCGCGGUCAUGGGCUGCUGCAUAUCAGAACUCAUCUCCAGAACCAUCGGACGUGCAGCGGGGGGCAUGCAGUUUCUUGGAGGUCUGCUCAUCGGUUCAGGAUGUGCUCUGUAUCCUCUAGGUUGGGACAGUGAGGAGGUCCGGCAGACAUGCAACAACAGCUCAGAUCAGUUUGAACUUG